AUGGGGGAAGAAGGCAGCGGCCGCAGCUGUGGGAUCACCAGGGACCUGCAGAAGCUGAAGCAGCAGGCGAUGGCGUACUACCAGGAGAACGACGUCCCCCGCAGGCUGGAAGAGCUGCUCAACGCCACCUUCUACCUCCAGCCCGCGGACGUCUACGGGCACCUGGCAAACUACUUUUCUAAACUUGCAAAGCCUCCCUCCAUAUGCAAAGUAGCGGGAAAAAUCAUACUGGAUGGACUGGGACUUCCUACUCUCCAGGUGGAAAUCUCCUGCACCAUCCAAAAUCUCCCCAAGUACAUCUGUUCCGUGGUGAUACCUGCGCACUUUGAAGUCCCAGAGAAUGCCCCUCCAGAGGUGGCGGGCGAGGAGACAGAACGGCACCUGGCAGUGAGCACAGCUCUGCAGUGGGUCAAUGAAUCCAUGACAGAGGAGCUGUGGGGUCUGGUCCCCUCCAACCAGGCAGAGGUGGACCACAGGCCUCAGGCUAUUCUUUGAAAUAAAGUACAAGAAGAUAAAGAGAGAAAAGUGGAAAGGAGCCCUGAGGAGUCAGUGCCUGUACCUCCGCCUGUAAUUCUGCCACCACCUCCUCCCCCUCCCUCCAAGAAGAAAGGGCAGAAGCCAGGGCGGAGGGACACUUUGGAAAAGCCUGUCAUCCCCCCAGAGCCCCCUGAACCCGUCCUCCACGGUAGCAUGGCCAUAGGUGCUGUUUCACUAGCAGUGGCGAAAACCAGUGCCAGUCUGGCCAGUGUUCCUCUGUACAUGAACAUUGCAUCCCUGAAGCAUGGCCAGGAGCAGCUCUCAGCGGCGACACUCACCAUGCCUCUGCUGAUGGGAUCUGUGCUCAGCUGUGGGAAGGCAUCACCUGGGAAGCUAAACUUAAUGAAGGAAGUGAUUUGCAUCCCCCAUCCUGGAUUAACAACCAAACAAGGUACAGAGCUGCUUCUGGAGAUUCAGAAACAAAUCAGCAGGGUGAUUGAGACGUAGCUCCCACCUCCAAAACCAGAGACAAAAAGGGGCAUGACAAAAGAGGCCAGGGCAGAGCCACCGAUCACGGGCAAGAUGUCCCACCUUGGCUGUCUAACUGUUAACUACGACACCAUAGAGCAGCCGCUGCUUCUUAUCCAGGGGAUCUGCGCGAACCUGGGGCUAGAGCUGGGAAUGAGCCUGCACCUGGCCAUCAACUGCGCUGCACACGAGUUAAUGGACUAUAGCAAGGGAAAGUACGAAGUGAUGGCGGGCACACACAAAAGCGUGGCUGAGAUGGUGGACCUGUACGUGGAUCUGAUCAACAAGUAUCCUGCCAUCGUUGCCUUGAUCGAUCCCUUCAGGAAGGAGGACUCUGAACAGUGGGACGGCCUCUAUACUGCUCUUGCUUCCAGGUGCUACAUCAUUGCAGGGGCUGCUUCCAGAAGCGUCUCUAAACUCCUGGCACAUAGGAACACCAGCACCCCCAAGUCCCACGGGCUGGUCAUAAACCACACAAACCAAACCACCAUGUCGGACUUGGUGGAAAUAACCCAUCUUCUCAACAGUAAAAAGCAACUCGCGGUCUUCGGGAGCACGGAGGCAGAGUCCUCUGAUGACAGCCUUGUCGAUCUGGCUGUUGGACUCGGCGCCCGGUUUAUCAAGUUGGGGGGUCUCUCUCGGGGCGAACGAGUGACCAAAUACAACCGCCUUCUCGCUAUAGAGGAAGAACUCAUCCAGAGUGGAACACGGGGUUCCAGCGAAGAACACAAUUUUUCUUUCUUCCAAGAGGAUGCUGAAAAGACACCGGCCACGAUGGCGGAGGAAACUCUUGGGCCCCUGGACUCCAUCUUCCCUACAGAAGUUGUGGAGGAAUCAGCUAAGCCAUGA